AUGAUAUCGCGAAUUUGCCCACUAACACGAUGUUCGUACAGUUCGACAGCUACAACAAUCGGUUCCUUCUACGAUAUCAUUAUAAUUGGUGGUGGAAUGGUUGGUAAUGCAAUGGCUUGCUCCCUUGGACUGAACGAACGUUUCAAGUCGAAAAAGAUACUUGUACUGGAUUCUGCAGAAAUCAAAUCACCGACAAAAAAUUCACCAUAUGGAAAUCGAGUUACUGCGGUAUCACCUGCGUCUAUAUUACUUUUUCAAAAAUUGGGAAUUUGGAAUGAUCUUGUGAAUCUGAGAGUGAAACGAGUCGAUAUGCUUCAGGUUAUGGAUAGUUGUUCGCACUCAUCGAUAAAAUUUGCCCAACCAGAUGCAACUAACGAAGUCGCAUAUAUGAUCGAAAACAAUGCAAUCAUCGGAUUUCUUGCAAAUCGUAUCAAAGCAAGUUGUCCGAAUAUCACAGUUAAGAGGAAAGCAAAAGUAGUUGAUUGUAGCAGUCCGUCUGGUUUGGAUGAAUUUGCUACAGUCGUAUUGGAUGAUGGAACCAAACUCCAAACGUCUCUUGUUAUUGGUGCCGAUGGUGCUAGAAGUACGGUGAGAGAUAUGCUCAAAUUUAGAUAUACCUCAUGGGGAUAUGGGCAAUCAGCAGUAGUUGCAAAUCUUCGGGUGCAAGCUGUAAGUUUUUGUCUUUUUGAUUAUAUUAAGAAAUUGGAAACUACUGUAUUUCUUCAAAAAUGA